CCGCAGAUACCUUCGUCGAGGUACCCCGUUGGCGACGGAUGCGCCAUUCAUUUCCCAGACAUUAAAAAACAGUUUUAUUUCAUUUUGUUCUUUUGUGAGUAAUCUGGAGGGAGCCAUAUUCAUUAAAUACUAUUACUUCUGUAAUUCUCGAUAAUAUUCAUAUCUUAUUUGCAGAAAUCAACUCUGAGAUAUUGGUAUUAGAUCUUAGCCACAAGUAUCAGAAAGUGGAAGGCUUCGGAGGUGCUGUUACCGAUUCCGCCUCCAUCAAUUGGCUGAACCUCACUGAACCCAGUCUUAGGCAAGCACUUAUCAACUCGUACUUUAGCAUUUCGGGGUUGGAGUAUAACAUGUUGCGCGUGCCCAUCGGGGGGUGCGACUUCUCCACCCACCCUUACGCCUACAACGAGCAACCGAGCGACGACCUGACUCUCAGCAACUUCUCUCUAGCGUAUGAGGAUUAUCAAUACAAGAUCCCGAUGAUCAAGUCAAUACUGCAGACUGCCGUGAAUCCUGUGCAUAUAUUAGCCACCACUUGGUCACCACCCCUCUGGAUGAAAACUGACGAGAUGUGGGGUCAAGAGAAUGAACUCAAACCAGAGUACUACCAGACAUAUGCUGACUACCAUAUCAGAUUCAUAGAGGAGUACAAAGCCAACGGUAUACCGAUUUGGGGUAUCAGCACAACGAAUGAACCGUCUAAUGGCAUGAUAGGUUAUGUGCAAUUCAACAGUCUCGGCUGGUCGCCUUUUAAGCAGGGCAAAUGGAUAGCGGAAAACUUGGGUCCAACCGUCAGGAGCUCUCAGUACUCUGAUUUAAAAAUUUUGGCGAAUGAUGAUAAUAGGGUCACUAUACCGUGGUGGUUUACUUUGAUGGUUAAUAUAAUACCAGAUGCGCUCCAGUACAUUGAUGGCAUAGCAGUUCACUUCUAUUUGGAUAAAGUUAUCCCUCCAGAGGUGUUGUCCCUUGUCACUGAUAUAUAUCCGGAUAAAUUUUUGAUAUCAACGGAAGCCUGCGAAGGUGGUUUUGACACUCAAAAAGUUAUACUUGGAUCUUGGGAUAGAGCCAAAAGUUACAUUACUGACAUCUUGCAAGAUCUGAAUUAUAACGUGGUUGGCUGGAUAGAUUGGAACCUCUGCCUUAACGCCCAAGGAGGUCCGAACUGGGUGGAAAAUUUCGUGGAUUCUCCGAUCAUAGUGUUCCCUGAGAACAAGGAGUUUGUGAAGCAGCCAAUGUUCUACGCUCUGGGGCACUUCUCAAAGUUCUUGCCGAGGGGUUCACAGCGAAUUAAAGUCAAUCAAAGGACACCGCCUCGAUCGUCGCCAGUGGAUAACGUGGCAUUUUUGACUACUCGAAAUACGGUGGUUGUCAUUCUGUACAAUGAUGGUGGACCAAGAAGUGUUACCAUACAACUGGGCCAGAAGAAGGCAGUCGUGCCGAUGGAAGCUAGAUCCGUGGUCACCGUCGAGAUGGCUCUCAAGCAAAACUAACUGACAGACUACCUACUCAUUCAUGUAGUUCGACUCGCUGAAAUUAAAUAUGACAAUG